AGCAGAGGCAGCGCUGAUCAAUCAGUAGCGAGCUGUGAUCGAGGAGACGGCUGUGAGGCGUGCGCGAUCGUGUUAUGGCGUCUCUUCUGGGCCUGUACGGCGGCGGCGGCCGGAGGAAAAUCCACGCGAGGAGUGGCAGUGGCGCCGGGGCGUGGCGGUCGGUGUUGGAGAAUCACUCCCUCUCCUUAUUUAUAGCAUUGUAUCUUGCUCUUGUCUUUGCGCCCUUCGCCCCGGCCACGGCCUCGUCCUCGCGACGAGUCAUGUCCUCUUGCCAUGAGAAGUUGCUCUUCCGUUUGGACCUCCCGUCCCUUGAGCAGCUCUUCAUGUGCCUUCAACGACCCAAUGGCCUCCUCCAUUGCCAUAGAGUUGAUUCGGCGGCGCCGGUGAGGAAGUUGCUAAGGAGGCUGAGGUCCAUGUUGACGAACAGCGCGGCGCGGCCGAGGCGAAGCGCGGUGAGGUUCGGGUACGACCCGCAGAGCUACUCCCAGAACUUCGACGACGGCCUUGGCUCCUCCGGCUUUUAGGGAGUCCUUCUUCUUCUGCUUGAUUUUUGAUCUUGGGCAGUGUCACUGCUACUAAUUUCGGAUUCUUAUAUAGCUACCUCGCCCUGCCAUUGUAUAGUCCUCGCUCGCUUCUUCUGUGUGA